UCGAAGCUACUGGGUAACAGCACAUUCGUCGACAAUAAACAAACCAAUCAACAUGGUUGCCAGAAUCCUUGCCUUCUCCGCCCUCGUGGCCGCCGCCACCGCCGUGGCUCUCCCCGUCCUGCCCGUCGCUAAACUGGCGUACGCCCACGCCCAGCCCGAAGCUCCCGCUCAGUACGACUUCUCGUACUCAGUCCACGAUGGACAAAGCGGUGACGUGAAGCAACAGCAGGAGUCCCGCUCCGGCGACAACGUGCACGGCUCCUACUCGCUCGUGCAACCCGACGGUGUCCACCGCAUCGUCGACUACACCGCUGACGAAGAGCACGGCUUCAACGCUGUUGUCCGCUACGAGGGUACCCCCGUCGAACAGCCCACCAAGAUCGCCGUAGCUGCCCCCGUCGCCAAGAUCGCCUACGCCGCCGCCCCCGUUGCCAAGAUCGCCUACGCCGCCGCUCCCGUCGCCAAGAUCGCCUACGCCCCUGCCCCCGUCGCUAAAGUGACCUACGCCGCACCCGUCGCCAAGCUCGCCUACGCUGCCCCCGUCGCCAAGGUCGCCUACGCACCUGCUCAACUCUCCUACUCUCACGCCCCUGCUCAGAUCUCUUACUCCCACGCCCCUGCCCAAGUUACCUACUCCCAGGCUCCUCAGAUCUCUUAUCACCAAGCCCCUGUGGCUUACGCCGCUGCUCCCGUCGCCAAGGUUGCGUACGCCGCAGCCCCCGUCGCUAAACUGGCGUACGCUGAAAACCUCGGCCACGUCACCUUCUCCUCCCCCGCUGUCUCUUACCACCACUAAGUCAUAAGAACCAUUGUUGUUAAACUUAUUUAUUUUGUUGAAUACAAGAUAGUCAAUCUAA